CACCCCACCAUGUUGGUUGGUACCCCCCACCUGCUGACACUGGAUGAAGCUGAUGCCACCUGGACCCUCAUCAAGGAUAAAGUUAUCGAGGAGCGCUUUGGGCCCAAUGUAGUGGCAGUACCUUUCCUGUCGGAUGCGGCCUGCUAUGACCUACUGGGUGUGCUAGUGAAGCAGUCCCGCCCAGCCCACACCCGCCUGGCUUUACCGGGUCGGCAGGGUCGGCGGGCACUACAACCAGUGGGGCCACUACCAAACCUCCUGGAGCAGGCAGGGUCCGAGGGUGCCUUUGCCCACUGCACUCGGGAAUACUCACCAAAUGGCCGAGCAGAGAUAACCUAUGAAGAAAUGCGACUUUUGGAAGGGCACCCCUGCCGGAUCCGCCUGCACAUGGGUGGCCUGCGCAAGAAGGUGGCCUUCCUGCUGCUGCCACCAGGGCAGGUGAGCCUACAGCAAAAUCUUCCCUGGCUCCGAAGCACCCACAGCAUCUAUGUCAUCUACCAGGUCUUCUCCUGUUCCUGGCUGCAGCUGGGGCUAGUACCUACAGCCCGUGAGCCCCAGCUGCUCCGGUUACAACGGUCACUGCCUGUCGCCUUCUCCUGCCUCAAGUUUUCACUGCAGCCCAAAGGAGUGCUGGGACCACAGAAGCCUCUGACCAAAGAUCCACUGCCCCAUGGUGCCAACUGGGUCAGACCCAACCUCGGCAUCAUGCCACCUCUGGCCCUCACAUCAGUCGCUGCCAAUACCCCUGAAGCUGCUGAUGUGCCCCCACCUGUCCCAGGCCCACCUACACCACCUCCUCAGGAAGGGCCGGAGGGCAGACCCACCAGAUUCUCCUACAAGGGCCGAAACCCCUUCCGCAGGGGGCCCCAGAUGUUGUCAGAGAACUGGCUCUUCAGCCCCCGCAGCCCCCCACCAGGAGUCCAGGGUGGGGGCCCCGGGGACCCCGACCGGCACUCCAUGUCCCUGCCCCUGCUGCAGGGUCUGUCCUCAGAGUUCGACAGCGACGCAUGA